UGUAUGUUCAUUGAUAAAUUGUCUUUAGGGUCCUCUGUAACUAUGGAAAGGAAAACAAUUACAAACAUGUUUGAAGAGUUUUCUGUUGCUAUUUAUAGCAUCAUUCAAGUCGUGUUUUACUAUCAGACCUAAUUCAUUGGUGUACAAUUAGGUGAAAGUGAAAAUAUGACUUUUGACUUCCAAAAAUAGAAAUAUACAUAUUCAAAACUAACUAGGUCAUACGUCAGCCAAUUAGUUACUAUAAAUAUGUAGUAAGUCUAAUAACAUGGCUUAGUAAAAAGAAGAUACAACGGUUUCUUGAUUCGACAGCCUUACUAUACACCGUGACCACCAUUAUCUUUGGAUUAGAUCCUAGCUUUAUGCCCCAUCGCCACCAUGGCCUUUGGAAUCUAUCAAAGUUGCAAUUCCUGACAGCCAGAGCCCAACACACGUCUACAUUUGCUUUCUGGCCUCCCUAAUACAAUGUAAAACAUACCUAGUAGCACCUUAACAACAGAAAUGUCUAGUCCUAACUAGAUACUGAACAGAACGGUUUUAUUGCUUCUUUUCAAUUUUACUUCUGUGCACAGGAUGUUUUCCGUAAUCUUAAAGUCCUCUUCUAAGUUUGUUCCCUUACAUUCUCUAACUAGCAAUGCAUCUAUUCUCUUGACCAAGUGUUUCGUGACUCUUGUGUGAAGUUUGUUGACCAACGUAUUUCAUGGCCCCUUCUAUCUAUUUAGUCGACAUCUUUCCUCUUGUUUGAUUAGCUUCAGAGCUAACACUUUACUUUUUCCAUCACCACUCGCCACCACUCUCCUUCUUUCAACUCAUUACAUUCAAACCGUUACGUUGUCCCCUGAAACCGCUUCAUCCUCUUGUGAACUUGUGUUACUGUUACAUUGUUACUUUGUAGUGUUGAAUUGAUCCAAUUCUCUUCAAGGUCGUUAGGGUGAACAAAACAACUUUCAGAAAUAUAUUUGUAAACAUCAAUUUUAAAAACAAAAAAUAAAAUAUGAAUGACUUUCAUUAGUAAUGGAGAUUUGUAAUAUCUACAAAAUGCUUGAGAACUCUUCAAGCUCAGGAAAUCUACACAAGUUUUCUAAAUUUCUGGCUCAGAAAGAUAAGAAAGACUCGGUUUCGCCCACAAGAAAUCGUUUUCUCAGUUUGGACUGGGGUGAUGCUAGAUCUGUCAAGGCUAUCAAAUCUUGCUUUGGAGACAGUCCUAUGGAUGUUUUGACUGGAUUAUCUGCAUCUCCUAGUGCACCAGAUUACUUGAAUAACAAAACUUUUGACCAAAGAAUUAGAAUCAUGAAGGAUUUACGUGAAUCAAAUUCACACAAGAAGAAAAGUUUGAGCUUAGAUAUUCCAGAGGGACAAGCAAGCAAACGAAAAUCCGACAAAAGAGGACUAUUAGAUACCUUUGGAUUGUUUGAUGCUGUUGAACAGCAAGAUUUAGACUUGGUGAAAUUUAUUGUAGACAGUAGUACUGUCGAUAUUAACAGCCUAAAUAGUGAAAAUCUGAGUGUCCUCGACAUAGCAGUUAUGACCAACAAUAUUCCAAUAGCCAAGCUACUACUUUCAAAAGGGGCCAAGGAGAGUCCUAUUUUCCAAAGACAAGAUUGUCGCAUACAAAAACUUGAAGCCUUGGUGACCGAAGCAGAAAAAAAAGUUGUUGAUUUAACGGCUACAGUUCUCAAUGGCACAUCUGGCAACGCCAAUAUCUCCCCUGGUCAACUGAAAGAGAAUGAGAAGUUACUAAGUCACUGGGAGUUCAGGCAUAGACUAUUGAAGAGAAUGAAAGCUGGCUAUGAUCAUGCCAAACCCCCAGAGCCACCUACUAAUGUCAGAUUACAAGUAUCUAGUAGUUCUUCUCUCUUAGUAACAUUUGAUGAGCCACAAAGUCAUAAUGGUGCUGUUGUCACUAAAUACAAAGUGGAGUGGAGUUUAAGCAGCAGCUUUGUAACAACGUCAGGAGAAGCCUUCAUUGAACAUUUAUUGCAUUUGAAAUAUGAAAUAAAAAACCUGGUAAAAGGAUGUCACUAUUUUGUCAGGGUUUUCGCUUGGAAUGUUAAAGGAUUUGGUUUAAGCUCAAUUAGUGAUCCACCAAGUGCAACUCCAUCAAACUGGCGAGAGGUUGAUGGUAUUCCGUCCAGAUUGGAAGGGAAACUAGCUUCAUUAUACACCUUAUAUCAACAAAUGAAACGGUUGAGGUCACGAGAUUCAAGUGAAAUGAAAGAGCUAUUGAACAAAGGAACUGAAUCUCCCAGACAAAAGAAAAGAAUCAGUAUCAAAAAUUUAUUUAUUUCAACACCCAAAUUCCAAAAAUCAAUCAAAAGGGGAGUGUAUUUGGUGUGCUUGUUUUACAACGAAGACAAAAUUCUAGUUACAUCUGAAGAACAAUUGCCAAUGAUUGAAGUUGAUGAAUCAUUCUCAGCACCAUCCAUAAACAAUGAUCUCUACUGGUUACUUAAGAUUUCCUGUAUUUGGGAAGAAGUGAAAGUACUUAAACAGGACAUGGAAAGGACCAGUAGUGCAGGUUCAACAUUUAGAUGCAAACUCUUACAAGCUAUUAUUUCAUUACAGAAUUGUUUAGGAAUAACAGAUUUGGGUCAGAUUUUCCACCGCCCAUUGAGAGAUCAAAAUAACAGUAUUAUUUUUACGGUGAUCAACAACGUGAGGGAUCCUAAGCUCAUUACUUUCAGCAGUAGUAAAUGGGUCACUUUUGGAAAACUAGCACGAAGGCAAAGUCUUUCUUCAGCUGACUCUACAGAUGCUCACACGUUAUUACUCAGCUGUGUUCCAGAAAUGAUAUUGUAUAAUCAAGUAAGUCUCGAGCCAUUGCCUAGAGGUCUCUAUUUAGGUUACGUCAAACUUCAAGCAUCAGUCGAUGUGCUCAAAGUAAUGGUGCCUAAUAAGAGUCCCAAUUGUGUGCCGCAUAUCAAAAUACGAGAUCUUCCUAAUGUUUCCAGAGAAGAAUGGGAGUGGCUACUCAAGGCUGAUACUGGUCUAGAUGUUGACUAUAUGACCAACACACAAAGAAACUUCCAAAAUCUUUUAAUGGAUGCAACUAAAAAGCUGUUUACUUAUCUAGACUUACCAGAGUCAACCACUGCAAAUCACAGAAUCUAUGAUCUGGAAGUUCUGGAGUUAUCACCAUCUGUUGCUAUGAUUCUUAUUUUACCAUCUCUGGAAGACAUUUGUCUAGUUCCAGGACAUCAGGACACUUUCACCAAAAAGCCAGAAUUUUGUUUCUUACCUGUACAGAUUUUUGAAUCCAUUCACAUGCACGCGUACCUGCCAGAGUUUGUCUCUCUCUAUGCACGACUGUCAGCAAGAGUUGAAAUGGAUGGAGUCUUGGCUCAACAAGAACAUAGAGAGGCCUUUUCUUCGGAAGAAUUACAAAAAGCUAAGGAGCAGGUUCAACAGACAGCAAACCUUCAACAAACGUUAGACCGAAUUUGGAAAUGUGCAAGAUGGAUACGAGACAUUACCACGUACGCCAGAACAAGGGAGAAAAAGUCAGGCAUUCUUCUCUCCCAUUUAUUCUCCACUGGUGUUCAGGGAAGCCAUGUUUCUACACUCAAUGAAGCUACGGUGAAAGCAACCAAACUACACCUUCACUUCUCCUCCUCCUCCUCCACUAAAUCCUCUUCAAGAAGUGUUGGGAAAGACCAAAAACGUAUUGCUAAAUUCUAUGACCCGAAUGAAGAGACGCCCCACAGCACGGAGAGCAUUAGCAUUGGGGAAGAAGAAAGCUACACUCCAAUUCAAUACGCUCUAUCGGCACCACCAACCCCUGUCAGUCAAGCCAACUGUCCACAUUUAACACCUUCCUCAUCAUUUUCAUCAACAUCUUCAUUAGCGGAAUCGUCCUUGGACUCAGGUCAAGACUUAUCGUAUGCAAUUAUAAAAGUGCAUGCUUUGUAUGAUACAGGACUAAACAGAAAUGUUAACAUCAAACUUCAUAUUACUGAGCAGACAACUUCUCGAGACAUAGUCAAUCUGGUUGUAAGACAUUUGAAUUCUAUUGUACAAACAAAAGGAAAAGGUGUUUUGGCCUAUUCCGAAGAUGUUUUAUCUGACUUUUGUUUGGUUCUUAAAUACCAAGGACAUGAAAAGGUUUUGAAAGAAGACUACAAACUGUUACAACUUAAAAGUCAGCUUCAGAGAGCUAAAAUCUGUGUUAUGAUGAUAGAAUCUUUAUUUUCAGAAGACGAAUUGGGGCAGGCAACUAUUGUAUAGAAAAACAUAAACAUGGUAUAUGAUAUUUCACAUAGUUUUUUUUUUAAUCUUCUAUAUGCUGCAGAUGUAACUAUGAUUGAGUGUCUCCAAAUUUGGAAUUUUUAUCGAUUUUUAACACGAAAUGUACUAAAAUGACAUGACUAGAAUUCCUGCUCAAAAUUCUGCCAUAAAGAAAUUUAAACUGUAAAUAUAAAUGAAAUAAAUGAUGUUUCAUUGGUCUA